AUGGUUUCGUGUGUCCGUGGUGCCCGGGCCGCGAUUCAUCCGACGCGGCUGCUGUAUGUGGUCUCGGUGGUGGUGGAUGGUGGCGAGCGCAGCAGCAGGCGCCUCCUGCAGAAGCAGCAGCCAAAAUGCGCGUCUCCUUGCAUAGACUGGUCGGAGGACGUGGCCAAUGCAGUAGGAGUGAGCGCAUGUGCCCGGGCCGAUGACAACUGCCUGAAAUCGGCUGGCGGGGAAUCCGGUGCAAACAAGCCCACGGUGCUGUACGAUGCCUGCUUCAAGGCCACCAAGGAACAAUGCAUCAAAGGCGGGGGGGCCUACACUCAGGCAAGUGUUGCAUGCCAGGGCUGGUCGCUUCUGCACGCGAUACAUGGCAAUAAUGGCACAUGGGGGAUUAUCGAGCGAGCUCACGGACGCGCAUGCAUGCAGCAGGAUUUUGGGGAAGUCUACUACUCAGAGGGUGCGCGAGAAGGCAAACUCGACCUGCUGGACAAACGGUUAAGAGAGAUUUGCACAUGUGGACAUGCUGGUGGAACGGAGCCCGCCGCCAUUUCAUCUCACACAACAGCAGCGAGCUGCAGCCAGCUGCCCCACGUGGGGCCGUGGAGCACUACUAUUUUAGAUGACUUGGCGCUGGCCGCCGUGCAGUGGUACUGCCCGCUUUUCUUCCUUCCGCGGCACUUCUCAUGUUCUGUCUCCCGCUGCUGCUGCUAUUGGCCACUUCGGCUGUCGGAUCGGUUCUGGGAAGCAGCAGCGCUAUUGGCGCUGAUCCUUCCAGAUUUGCCCGUGUUUGUGCGCGCUCUCCCUUCGUGUGUUUCGUGUGUCCGUGGUGCCCGGGCCGCGAUUCAUCCGACGCGGCUGCUGUAUGUGGUCUCGGUGGUGGUGGAUGGUGGCGAGCGCUGCAGCAGGCGCCUCCUGCAAAAGCAGCAGUCGAAAUGCGCGUCCCCUUGCAUAGACUGGUCGGAGGACGUGGCCAGUGCAGUGGGAGAUAGCGCAUGCGUGCAGGCAUUUGACAUCUGCCGCAAACCAGAUAGCGAAAAACUGGGUGAGCCGCCCACGGCGCGGUACGAUGCGUGCUUUACGGCCACCAAGGGACAGUGCAUCAAAGGCGGGCGGGCCUACACUCAGGCAAGUGUGGGCGCGUGCAUGGUGACCUCGUCCACUCAUUUUUAUCACUGGGUUAUUGGUUGUUACAUCACGGCUUCAAAAAAGUACCGAUCGACAAGUGCAGAUCCCUUGAUAAGCCCAGGAUGCUACAUGGGUCGGCUCUAUUGUAUUUUUCUCCGUAAUAUAUAUUACGGUUCCGUAAUAAAAUGGCAUAUUUGCGUUCUGCGCUCCGUCAUAGACGAUGGUAAAGGCCUGUCGCAAAAUGCUCUAUAUUACUGCAGUUUCAGAACUACCGGAGGUGGCUCUUGCAACGCCGAUGCCUUCAAAAGCCUCGUGGAGAAGUUUCUCGAUAAAGUCUGCAACAACGUUACCAGCGGAUCCAGGAUUCAGAUACCCUGA